AUGCGAAUCACAAAACUACAUGGGCUGGCUAUUCUAGUGACAGCAGGAAUUGCUGGUGCAAUCUGGUACCACCACCCUUUCUCCCCCAGCAGAGACCAGGAACGUGCAAACUCGCCAGGAGGGGACUCAGGACUAAAAUCAGACUUACAUGAAGCCUCUCUGACACUUCCAUGGAGACAGGACGUGCUGGUGUUGACACCAUGGCUGGCUCCAAUAGUCUGGGAAGGCACAUUCAGCAGAGACAUCCUGAAUGCUCAAUACCUGCAGAAGAACCUGGUCACUGGAGUGGUCACUUUUGCUGUUGAAAAAUAUGUCCAGUUCAUAGAAGGGUUCAUGACAUCUGCCAACAAGUACUUCCUUGCUGGGCACCAGGUGAAUUUCUACCUGUUCACAGACAGCCCCGAGAAGGUGUCCCACGUUCAGAUGUCCCCUGAGAACCGCGUGUUUGUCAUCCCCGUGCAGAGCGGCUCCGGCUGGCAGGACGCCUGCAGGAGCCGCAUGCACAUCCUCAGCUCCUACAUCCAGAGGCGGCUCCAGCACGAGGUGGAUUAUCUGUUCUCCAUGGACAUCGACGUGCAGCUCCUGGCACACGUCGGGGUGGAAAUCAUCGAUGCCCUGGUGGCCACCAUCAGCUCCUGGCAGCUCAGCCCCCAGCACGACGACAGAGCCCAGGGGACACAGCCUGGGCCACCAGCUGCCAGCCCCGAGGGCCACGGGGACUUCCACUACACAGCCAGCUUCUACGGGGGCAGCGUGUCCGAGGUGUACAAACUGAGCACAGCCUGCUUCGGGGGGGUGAUGGAGGACAGGGAAAUCGGCAUCGGGGCUCGGGGGCACCACGAGAGCCUCCUCAACAAAUACCUGCUGCAGCACAAACCCACACGGCUGCUGUCCCCAGAGUACUACUGGGACACAGAGCUGAGCUCCAGCCUCAUCCACGUGAAGAGGAUGUGCCCUGUGCACAAGGACAGCUCCUGGCACUGA